AUGGACGUUGGAAAUCUGAAAUUUUUAGUACGGGAAUCGAUUUCAGACCUUUACGCUGCACUUCGGCAGAGUUUAUAUAUUAGAGGCACAUUUGUUUCCUUCACGAAAUCUUUGCGUACUAUCCCUUCUGCUGCGGACCGCAUUGCACCGUGGAUUGCCUCUCAAGUAGAAAGUUUGCGUAAGCAGGUAACCCUUAUUUUGUCCUACAAACGAUUUGCUUUUGUCUCAUACAAAAUGUGCAAGCUGCGACUUACUAUUGAUAGAUGUUUUUUGUCCACCAUCACAGCGUUUGAUGCACCAAAGGUUGGGCUCAGGAGGAACUGGGUUGGCAUUACCCAAUGACG